ACUUCACUAUCCCUUAACAUCCCUUAUGAGAAUUUUCAUAAAUUAAUCUGCAUCUAAACACUGGUUAACUUCUUUUUAUUAAAAAUAGUGACCAACUUUUAACUCAGAUACUAUCGGAUGAAAUAUGCUUGCAAAUUCAUUCGUAAUACGAUGCAUAUUAGAUGUCUUUGAAUCAUUAAAAAGUGAGACUCUGAUACGUUGCAUUUUUUUUCUCGAAACAAGCAUGUACAUUUAGCCUUACUGGCCAAAUACUCCAACAGAGAGACUUACAUACGGUGUAUUUCCUUCUGACUCGACUAAUAAGUUCCGGCUUACGUUGAAGUUGUACGUUUAAGAAGUUCCGCUUUUGUAACCGGCGAAAGGACCGCCCUCUUUCCUUAAAGUAGAAAUCCGGCACGUCACUCUUCGUGGAAUGUGUUACCAGCAUCCGGUUCUGGUCUGAACUCGUGAGAGUCGCCCAAUGCUGAGCGCCAUUGGUUUAUUGGGUAACGUAAGCAGAAUAAAUUUGCUUUUCCCGGUGUCCACUUUCCAUUGUUUUAAACGGGUUGCUGUAGACACUUGGAGAAACCGGUUUUCACGGCUCUGUCUCCAGUGCGGGAUGAAGACCCUUGUUGUGUUUGAUUUUGAUCACACGUUAGUGGACGAUAACAGUGACACUUGGGUAAUAAAAUGCACGCCCGAGCAAUCUUUGCCGGACUGGCUGACGAAUUCGUACCAGAAGGGACGAUGGACCGAGUAUAUGGGACGAGUGAUGUCUUAUAUAGGAGACCAAGCAGUAAGUCGGGACACUGUUCGCAGUGUCAUGGAAACCGUGCCCUUCACCGACGGGAUGAUUGAACUGCUGACCUUCAUCUCUCAGAACAAGAACCGCGUCGACUGCAUCAUCAUCUCCGACUCCAACACCCUCUUCAUCGAUUGGAUCCUCCGAGCGGCCGGCGUACAGUCGGCGGUCGACUGUGUUUUUACUAAUCCCGCCGCGUUUGAUGAGCGGGGCUACAUGUCAGUCCGGUGCCACCAUUCCCACGAGUGCGGGCAGUGCCCCGUCAACCUCUGCAAGAGGAAAGUGCUGGACGACUUCAUUCAAAGCCAGCGACAGGGUGGCGUUCAGUACCAGAGAGUCUGCUAUGUUGGUGACGGAAGAAACGACCUUUGUCCCGUGAAAAGUCUAAAAGAAGCGGAUUUUGUGAUGCCCCGAAAAGGGUACACGCUGGAAAGGCUGCUGUCAAAGGUCGCCGCCGACGACAAUUGUUGGCUGAGGCCGCGGGUUGUCGUGUGGUCCAGCGGGUCGGAUAUCCUAAAUGAAAUGAACGCAUUUCUGACUUAAUGUACUGUGUAGCCCACAGUACCAUCCGUUAAAAUGGACUGUUUUUCAAACUGUCGAACAUCAGGGAGACAAUUCUCUAUCUAAUUAAAGUUAGGGUCCGAGGAGCUGCCUCGAGGCCUUUUUGUGUACAGAGAAUAUUGUAAACUCAAAAGUCUCUCGGUAAAUUAUAAUUAAUAUUCAUUAAAAUUCUAGUCAUAGGAUGAAAUAUCACCCGUUAAAUAUUUCACCACUAAGUACUGAUUUUCCUGUUGAAUAAGAUGUCAUUUCAGUGUUACUACAGUUCAAAUGAAAUGUUUUAUGCAAGUUUGUAUACAUUGAGAGAGGGAGUGUGUAUAUAUAUAUAUUGUAUGUAUGAUGCAUUGGGUUAGGGCAAGCAUGAGUUUCAGAAUCAAAAGACCUGCCCACCACAAUGUUGUAUUUACUUCAGAAACUAUGAACAACAAGGUUACCUCUUUUUACAUACAUGUACAAGGUUAUGAACGAGUGCACACACUGGAAACGUUGAUAUAACAUCUACCUGAACUUGGGAACGUCAUGAUCAGGUCAGCAUAAAUGGGGAAAAUGGAGGCAUUGAGUUACAGAAAAGAAAGAGAAAGACCCAGCUUUUGGUUCCUUUUCAUACUGUUUAACACUUGCCAGUUACCUACACACAGCAUACUGAAGGCUUCAUGUAUCGGGGGCACUUUCUGCUGGCAGGGAGUUUGGAACACUCACCAGAUUGGCUGACACCAGUACACCAGUAAUACGCUGCACUGAAAUAUAUGCUGUGCACAGUUUGGAAGGUGAUGCGUUUUGCCGCGGUCCUCUUUCAAUUGACCUUAACAGCAGAAGCCACAGCCAUAUUAUAGACAUGUCACUGAAUCUGAUUCAGUUGUGUGUUUUUGUUUGGGAGAGUGUUUAACAAGCUAACAGUGAAACAAUAGAUAUGUGAUUUCCAGAAAUGUGCCCCCCCCCCAGGUAAGGACACCACCCAUCUGCACAGGUAGGCCUAUGAAAUCCGAUAGCUUUCAGAUUUUUCCAGCAGGCAGAUUCUCACUAAAAGCUAGUCGUGUUGUUGUCUCCAGAUCAAAACAAAAGUGCGGAGGGUUGGACAUUGUCCAGAAGGUUGUGAACACACAGAGAAGGAUGGCCAUAAAAUUUACCACCUAGGACUGAAAUUGCCCUCUGAUAACCUUCCAAAUGUGCAAUAAAGUGGCAGAUAUUCUGUGUGACUGAAUGCAGCAGGUUUUGCUGACAUACAACUAUCAGCAUUCUGUAGUAACUUACAAUCUGACCAAAUUUCAUUGCUCUGGUUGUAAUGAUCUUGUCAGUGGCUUUACUCAUGUCACUUAGACUAAGUUUCCAAUUACCUCUCAAAUGACCGUUUUUUAAAUUGUAAGUGCAAACAAGAAAGCGAUGAGAUGAAUGAACUGAAAUGAACCGAGUUCUGCUUAACUGAUAAAAACUGAUGAAAAGUGACAAGAGUGUCCAAAAUGCAAAUGCUGCCCUUGAACUACUGUUAGAAGUAAAGAAUAUGGAGGGCCAUACUCAAUCAGAAAUCAGAAAUAACAUACUUGGACAUGAGCCAUAGCUGUAUUGGCCUUGGGCAGCAAGUUAGAAGAAAACAUCCCCGUGUGUUCUGUGACCACAGCACAGAAGAUGAGAACAUUUUGUGCUUGCUCUCUAACAGCUAGGCUGUUGUGACAUACGUUAGGAAGAUGUGGAGUAUUCCGUUUACCCUGUUUGACAAACAGUGAUGGAACGCUCUUUUAGUGUUUGAUGUCUGAAAGCUAAACCGUGACUUGGAUGAAAAACAGUGAUGUAGCUAGCUAACAUGUACUGUUCUUGGCUCUGCCUCAGGGACACAUCAUAGCACCCCCCUGUGCUUUAAUUUAAAUUGAAUUUAAACAGCACAACUUGUCUUGGGAUUUUUCCUUGCAUAAAGCAUUUUACCAUUUUGUGUUGUCCCAGAGUGUGGUCGAGUAACAUACAUAAACUGGAAGAGCAACUGCAUCCAAUAAACUGCCAACUGUGUAAAAGUUCAGGCUGUAUGCGCAGCAACACUGCUUUGGCCCAGAUGUGGACUUCUGUGCAGUUUUUGCUGCAAUUUUAAAAUGUCUUUACAAACCAGGGAUGUUUAGACAAACCAUGCAAUCAUCACUGCACUCUGUGUGGUGUUCUCGCAUUCUCACUUCUCAGUGAUGUGCUGGAGUUAUGCUGCACAGUAAAAUGUACGUUGCUGAACUCAGGGCAUCCACAUAUUAACAUCAUAUUAUGAAGAAUUGCAUUAUUCUUAUAUUACAGAGUGAUUAUGGCAAUUGUUCUUACCAGUACAGAUGCAUCGGUUGAGAGAAUAUACAGUAUAAAUAACAUUAUCCUGUUAAACUG